AUGAGCGCACGUAAAAGCAACACCCAAUCGCGAGUGGAACGCGAGGUGAGGGAGGAGCGCGCCAGGGAACAGCCAGUGGCGAAGUGGAGGCGGGACUCCGAUUCCGUUCUCCAGCUUCUGGCGUCCCCCCUGGUGUCGCGAUCCCCGUCACCGGUCAGCGAGGCGGACGAGGAGGCCACCGGGGAGAUCUCGGACGUGGAGCUGCCGUCCGAGGAGGAGGACCCAGGCGCAGACGCGACGGAGAUCGCAGAGGUCGUCGCCAUCUCUUCCGAUGAGAGUGGGCCAGAGGACGCGAGUGAGGAGGAGGAGGACGGGACGGAGACCGUCAGUCCCGAGGUGUCCUCGGACGAGGACGACGUGGCGCGGCGAGCUGCGAGGGACCGGAUGAUCUUCCGCCGGUUGAGCAGGGCGACGGCAGGGCUCGGGAGGAUCUGCCUAGGGCAGAUACCACCGUCGGGCGAGCCCAAGGAGUGGGCAGCAGAGGAGGCCAGGAUGCGAGAGGCCAUCGAAGCCAUCGAGUGGCGGCGCCCACCACCGCUGAGCCCGCGCGAUCCGAGGGCCAGGUCGACGAAACGCGUCGCGGAGACGGCCGAUCGCGCGGGGCUGGAGGUAACGACCGAGGAGGAACGCGAGGCCCAGGAGGGGCUGGAGAAGGGGCCAAGGGAGUGGCCAACACCGCCGGAGACGUCGCGGGACACGGCGCCACCCCCCGAAGCUGGCGCGGCAGACUUCGUGCCCGGAGUCGCGAGCCCCACCGGCGAGGCCGACGCUGCGGAGACAGCAGUCGGAGGGCGCGGAACCGUGGGGGGAGGUUCCGGAGGCGGAUUGGCCGGCGCGGGUGGCCGAAGAUGCGCAGCGACAGCGAGGGAGGCAGAGGAAGGCCAGGUGGGCCAAGCUCGUGCUGGAGGAGGGACAGCGCUACCGAGUCAAGUAAGCAGGGGGCCGGGUGCGGGUGUUUAA